AUGGCCUCUUCCUCGUCUGCCACGGCCGCCAUCCGACCAGGCCUGCAACGCAUCAUCCCACUACUUGAUCGUCUCGGCCGCCCCCAGAAUACCUUCCCAGUGAUACACAUCGCCGGCACAAACUGCAAAGGCACCACCUCUUCACUCCUCGACUUGCUCCUCACACACUUUGGCCUUCGUACAGCUCGCUUCAACUCGCCUCAUCUGCGAGAGGAGAGGGACUCGUGCCGAGUGGCAGGCAAAGUGGUGGAUGCUGGGGUAUGGCAGACAGCAGGAGAGAGGGUGAUCGAGGCGAAUGUGCUCGACCAGGCCGGGCAAGUAGCGCCAUCCAUCGAUGCCAGCCCCUUUGAGCGGCUCUUUGCACGCUUCCUCGUCAGCUGCACCCUCACCACACCCGCCCCACAAGUACUCAUCGUCGAAUGCGGUAUGGGGGGAUUGACGGACGCCACCAAUGUCUUCCCUGCGGAGGUCGUCCUCGCCAGUGUCAUCACGCCCAUUGGCAGAGACCAUGCUGGCUUCCUAGGCGACACCUUGGGGCAAAUCACAGAGAACAAGCUGGGCAUUGCAAAGGAGAAUGGCCUUGUAGUGGUAGCAGGUCAGUGCCCCGAGGUGAGGGAGACGAACCUCCGCCGCUGGUCAGUAGAGGAGGAAGAUCCACGACUUCUUGGCGAGGAUUCCGCCGAGAUCCUCUCAACGACUCGCAGAGUGGCAGAAACGCUCAAAGCUCGGCUCGUCCGAUGUGAAACUCCUACAGGGAAGACCGUUGGUCGUCAAGAAGAAGGCGAGUGGCGAGUCAUAUCACAGUGGAGCGCAACUCUACCGCCUGUAUUGCAGACGCCUUCCACAACAAGAACAGCCACGACCGACGCUGCGACGGGAGUGUCCCUAGACGAUUCCGAAACAAGCUCCGCAUCUACAUCGAUAACGACUGCAACACCAGCAUCGCUAGCGUCGACACUCUUCACCAAUGGACCCUUCCAAGCAUCGCCCGGCCACACCGCCCUGAAGACGCCUCUGCUUCCCCCACUGCAGCCAACAGCGCCUGUCCUGUCAUCCGUCUCUACGGCCCUCUCCACAAUCUACGCUAUUGCAUCAGACGAGCCCCCAUCUGCUCGUGGAUUGCAGGGAGCCGACCGCCAUGAGGAGCUGCGCUUGGGCCUCGCCUGGGCUCUGCGAGAAGGUGGAAUACUUAGUGGUCCCAGUGGGGCGCUGAGCGAAGGUGUGGAGCACGCCAUUGUGAGCGGGGUAGAGAGUUGGGAAGGCAGAGGGAGCUGGGUGGACGUCCCUCUCCCCCUUCCAGCAAGGAGCGCUAUAGAAGAAGGAAAGACUGCCGCUCUACGCCUCUUUGUCGAUGGAGCUCACAAUCUUCCCGCCUUCUCGGCUCUGUUCCGGCAUCUGCAAGCUAUGCGUCAAGCACGACAAGGCUCCUCCUCCUCCUCGGCUCUGACACUCACUCUACUUGUCUCCUUCUCCGAGAGCAAAAAGAAGGACGGUGAUCUCGAGACUCUCCUUCACAUCUUCGCACAGCUCCCCUUCAAACUAGCAGUACUCGAGCCGCCCUCCCUACAAGGCAAGCUCAAAGCCCUCUCCCUAACCGAAGCCGAUAGGGGCGACGAGCAUGGCGAUGGCGAUGGCGAUGGCGGUGGCGCUGACCUCACUAUCCGAGUGGGCUUUGUUCCCUUUUCAACGCCCGUAGAGGGGAUGCCGUGGGUCUCACCGCUCGACCCGCAAGAAUUGACCACACUUCUGCAAGCGAAGAUUGCCUGCAGAACACAAGCAGAGGAGGUCCAAGCUGAAGCUGUGACUGCAAAGUCAACUCAAUGGGAAAUCAUCUCCCUGCCAAACCUGCAGAGCGCCCUAUUGUGGGCUUCAAAGGAAGGUCAGGAGACGGGCAGACCAGCUGGGGAACAAAGUGUCGAGGGGAGCAGAGAUUCGCUCGUUGUCCUCACCGGCUCCCUCUAUCUCGCUGGGGAGCUGUACAGGCUCGUCGAUCAGCUUCAGGGGCGCGCUGCUGGCCGGGGGUGA